ACCCAUGCUUGCAUGUUGCUCUGCCGCCCUGUCUACAUUGCGCGUAAUGUAUUCCUUGAGGUAAACAGCUGUACGCACUCCUAAUACAUUCUCUGCGUAUCGAUCAUCUUAGGCCGUCACGUGGAAGUCGUUCGAGAUGCUGUGACGCGAAGUUAUUGAACAGUGCGCAACAAUUCGGGGAGGACCUUGACAAAGUGUUGCUGCCGAUCGCUAGAAGCUUGGAAUCGCCGGACAUCCGUUGGCUGGCGCAGUAAAUACAGGAUUGACUUGACGAAGUCGUAAAUCGUAAGCUUUGUGCAUGGCUAAAAGCAUGCUUUAACACUCGUGUAUCAUGCGGUACCGGCAAAUACGCGCGUGGCUUUGACAACACGCUCCGUCCCCGAGUGAGCUUGGCAUGAAAGCCACCGAGACAUGAACAAUCCUCCCCCGAUCCUUCCACGAAGGCCGCAGCCACUUGCGUCGGGCACAGAACAAGGCCUUUCCCCGCCGCUCUCGCUCGACACCAAAGUCCCAUGUCGUUCACUCUCAUUUAAAGCACCUAAGAAGGACAUGACAUCAUCAGAGCCGUUGAGCUUGAGAUAUGUUCCAGACAGUUCUGUGGCCGCAUCGGAAGUUGUGAUGGAGCCAUCCGCGGCACAACCUUGUUUGUCUCACACACAGAAGCCAAUGGCACAGCAGUUCACAAACCCAAUUUACUUGCUCAUGGACGACAAGAUGGAAGCCGCUACCAGCAUAGAAAAAGCACCUAGAGCAAACCGCGCACCGGAGAUCAGCGACACCGACUCUAUAAUGUUCCUUAAAAGGAACAGGCCAAAGCUUCAGCGGCAAAAGGGCGAGGAAGCUCCCAAUUCACCGCAGUUGCCACCUUCACUUUUUCCUCACAUUUACGAAGAUGUACCUCAAGGAGUACUGGAGAAAAACAGGAAGCUCAUUGCAGAGCAGGAGGCUCGCAGUUCAAGUGCCGUUGAGUCUCUUGAGUCUCUUCCGGAAGAUGCAAGUGCCAAAGAUGAAAGCCCAAGAACUCCACCAAUAACUCCACAGGGCUCUCCUCAGGAGUUUGGAGAGCCAGUGCGCGAUGUGAGUGUGUUUUGGAACCCGCCCCAGCUGUCUGUUUCAGGUGUCUUCUAUGAGUCUCCUGUCCACCGAUCUCCUCCAAGCAAGCAAGAUCUGGUUUCACCGACCUAUGACACACCUCCUAGCCUCAGGAAGCAAAUCUCACUGACUGACAGUGAAUACGAAAGCGUUUCAUUCAAAACACCUCCAUCGUACGAAAUUCCACCUCCGCCUCUUCCCGUCAGUUGUGACACACAGACACCAAAGGAACGCAAAUCCUCGGACAAUGAAGAGCCUAAAUUUCCAGUUGCUGCAUGCGCGGCACAAGAAGACUCACUUUCACCUUCCUCGACACCAAUGCUGUACGAAGUGCCCAAACCUUUCCCAAGGCCUUGCAUUUCACCUCCAGGGAACGCUUUUGUCUUCCCGGGCUCAUCUCAAGUCUACGACAUCCCACCGCAACGGGCAGCUUUUACUUCACUCUCAGAUUCACCCAGGGACUCGGAGUUCAUGGAUGCAUUUGAUGUUUUUAUGUCGGAUGAUAUAGAAUCUGAAUACUUGCCAUUAAUAACUCCUCCGCCAUCCUACCCACCGCCACCACCUCCCGAACCAGAGCCCCCCGAAAUACCCCCGAGGACCAACACUGCCGCUGCAUUGCCUCCAACGAGAUGCUUGCCUGACCCACAGGUCCCAAUUCCAGCAGUUAGAACCUCACUCGCAAGGCGGAACCAGCUUGACCAGCAGCCGAAGUGCUCCACACCACUCUCAAACUCCGCAGAUGAAGGGAAGGCCAGCCCUCGAGCUAAAACGGUAUCUACCUUCUAUCGUGCUCUUCUCCCGAGCCAGCACCCUGUUCCAGCUGCCUUCAAGGCUGAUUUCGACCAAAGCCCCACCCUAUCCCAACGAAGCGCUUCGUCGAAUGCUCCUCAUAGUGCACCAGACUCUCCGCAACUUGAAAGCCUAUUCGGGCACAGAGCUUUUGCUGAUGUGAGCGAUCGCUGUCCCUCCAGGCAAGAUACAUCUGCGACAAGCGACUCCUCUUCGCUGCAAUCUGAAGACUGCUGGGCUGCAGACAAGCUGGACUUCUCUGGAUAUGUUUACAAAGCUGGAUCAAAUCGCAAAGCAUUCCAGAAAUGCUGGUGCACGCUUAACGAUGGCUGUUGGAGCUACUAUGCAUCAGAAAAGGAUACCAUUCCAUUAGGCGCCUUGGCACCUCAAGAUAUUGGGGCCGUUUUUGCUGUAGCUGGAAACGAACCGAGCCCAGCUACGUCCACUGUGCCCAACCUGUGGUGCUUUGAGAUACAAGCGCUACAGUUGCAGAACCGACCCCUCCUGCUGGGUGUGCAAACGCUGCCCGAGCGAAGGGAGUGGCUCGAGCGACUGGCACGCCUGGUAGCGCCGCAGACGAGCAGUGGCCUAAGCGCACGCCAGUUGCAUGGCGAGCCCAAGCAUGCCGGCCGGCUGCACCUCAAGGAAGGCACCAGCGGCUUCUGGCAGACGGCAGGCGUAGUGCUUCGUGGGCGAUCUCUUGGCAUACACCUUCCCGGGAACGUGGAGCAGAUCGACUUGCACAAGGUCAUGUCCGUAGGCAAGAUAACUGCUGACCAGACCUACUUGACCUUCGGAGGGGCUCAGGAACGAGGUCCUUCGUUCCAAGUGAGAAUCCCUGGAAGGGUGCUUUACCUUCAGGCAGACCACCCGAAGCACACAGAAUCCUGGCUAGCAUCUGUCACCACGGCGUGGCAGACGCCUCCGGAUGCACCGCUGUCCGAGCAGUACAUCACCCAAGAGGGCAUCCCUGUGGCCGUGGACCGCUGCAUCAACUUCAUUAGCACACAUGGCACCCUGUUGACUGGUAUCUACCGACUUGCUGGUUCUAGUUCCAAGAUAAAGAAGUUGGUGGAACACAUGCUGCAGAACCCUUGGGACCUGCACCUGACUACUGAGGAAUACUCUCCGCACGAUGUUUCCAAUGCGUUGAAGCGCUACUUGAGGAGUUUCAAGGACUGCCUCCUGACAAGUUCGCUGUUCAAUAGCUGGAUUCAGUCAAGCAAGUGCCAGAAUCCAGCAGAAAGGAAGAAGAUGGUCAAGAACCUGUUGAACGAGCUCCCCACAGUGAACUACUUGCUCCUGAAGAAGUUGAUCAGCCACCUCAAAAGCAUCAGUGACCACAGUGACAAGAAUUUCAUGCCAGUGCUCAACCUGGCACCUGUGUUUGGACCAUCAGUGCUUUACAAGAUGGUCGAAGAUGUUGAAAACGAGACACCAGCCAACUCAAGCUUUGAGGAGAACAAUGCCUCCAUGGACGUUGUUGCUGACCUCAUUUCUGGCUACACUUGGUUCUUCGAGGUGGACCCUGCAGAGAUGGAAAAGGAGAAACGAAUUCAGGCAGCCAUGGAUCUCCUUAGAGAAGCGAAAAUUGCUCAGAGACCAGCUGGUGACAUUCUAGUGGGUGUGUAUGUCUACAGCAAAGACUGGGGUCACUGCAUCAAUGUCAAGCUCUCUCCAGCCAUGACAGCAGGUGCAUUGUGCAAGCAUACCAUGCAGCAGCUGAACAUCAAGGAGCCCAUUAACAAAAUGGCUGUCUUUGAAGUUGUCUGUGAUCAAGAUCUGGAACGACCUUUGCAUCAUAGCGAGCCCGUCCUCUCAGUCGUCGUUCGCUGGGCCAACUGGGAUGCAUCGUUCGCAAAGUCCAAUUACCUUUGCAUCAAGAACAACUACGUCUAUGACGAAAUAGCACCCCUCGUAUCGAAUCGCCAGCCACUGUCUGUGUUCAGUGAGCUUCGCUAUGCCGAGGCCCGUCAGAAGAGCUUCAAGAAAUCUGUCCUUGAGUUUACGGGUGGCAAGAUAACGCAGUACAAAGAUUCAAAGGCUAGUCAGCUUCUGAACCAGUGGAACAUUGAGGAUGUCCUUUGGUUCAUGGGGUGUGAAUCGCGGCGGAGCCCACCUUCCAAGUGGAAUUUUACAUUUGUGAUGCGUCAGGGAGACAUAAAGAGGACAAGAGACCGUCCAUUUUUUGGCAACUGUGUGAGCCUAGCCACCCAGGAAGAAUUUGAGAAGUGGCUCGCGGCAAUGCUGAAUGCCGAGUUCCCCAAAGGUAUUUUCCCCCCUGCUCCCGAGCCAAUUCCCGACCUGCUGUCCUGAUCGGCUGAGGGAGAUGCGAGUUCCUUUUCAUCUUUUUCUCAGCAUCCGGCUUUUUUUUUUUUAAGUUGUUUAAGUUUGUUGAAUCUCCUUGCUUUUUCGGUUUGUACUGGUUCUGGUGCUGUCAGCAGCAAAAGUUUGCGGGACGAGGAAGCGUUGGCCAAACCACAUUGUUGCGUGUCUUGUAAUCAGAGACAGAGCAGCAUGUUUGGGAUGCCACCACUUUCCUGCAGUCGCGUUUGCUCGCUUGGUUCUUUAUAAGAUCCUCUGCUCGUGCUUUGCAAACCACAGAGCCACAUUUUGAGCAAAACCAUUUUUAAACGUCUCCUUUGUGCGAUAUUGGACUUCUCACUACAAGCUGACCAAAAUUCUCUAUGCAUCUUAUGCAAGAUGCAUCCGCCUUAGUAUCUUGCAUAGCUGCGCCUCGUGUCUGUUGCGGACACUAGAGGUAGUUCUGUAUAAGCAAGUGAGCAAACAUGUCUGCAAGAAGGAGAUGUGCAUGUUUAAUGGCUGAGUAAAGACACGAACGCGCUAGUGAAAAAACACGCAUGGCACGCCGUCGCUGUUAAAACGCAAGCCUCCAAAGCUUCCGAACAACAGCAUUUCUGAGCCGCAAGAGGAAUGGGUCCGUGCACCAUUUUUUGCGGUGUGCCACGUGUCGCUUUUUGAGGACACCAAUUGGAGCGGCUCCCUGACCUCUUCCGUGACGUACGCGCUCAGUACAGUGGGGGGCCCCAGCCGGACGCUGUUUGAUGGGGAGGUUAGUUUAGCGCGGGUUUGCCUUGGUCAUUCUGUCUUUCUGGAAUGGGUUUGAGCAGAGGUGUAAUAAGGGAAAGGUUUUAGAACUCAAGCUUGCAUACCUCAUUCCCUACAAGUAAGCUUUGUCACUGACGCGCAACUGAGGCCCCUGCACCCUUUCAAAAAAAGCUUCUGGGGGAAAUUGGCGUGACCCCCCAAAAUGCACCUUGUGAAAGCGAUUUGAGCCUUUGUACUCCCGCGCAACAAUCCAAAAUGGAUAAGCUCACCGCGAUCUGGUGUGGCCGCACCGUUGCAGCAGCGUUUCUCUGCCGACAGCGCGCCACGUGUGUUUUUCCGCUAGUGCGUUCAGGGCCUUAAGAUUCACCAUGUCAGAUUUUGCUUGCAGUAUGGUUUGGCUGGUAACUGCUCAGCCCGUAAACUUCUGCAGUGACCUCCUUUUCUCCAGGUGCCACUGUUUUUGUUGUGGCUUGCUCGUUGUUUACUAUGUGUUUUUCUAUCCUCUACUGCUGACGUUGAAGUGGUAACAUGCGCACACUUGCAGUGUCUGUAGUACGUAAGUGUGGCUGUUGCUUUGUAUAGUAGUUGCAUCUCGUCCACAGUUUUGUGUAGCUUUGUUUUGUGCGUGAAGCUGUACUCGAGAAACCCGUCUUAUGCGUGGUUAUGUUUUAUACAACGAAUAUGUCUUACUCUCCCUUUUUUUUGCAUUUUUUAUUCUGGCAUUUCUCAAGGCCAAGGCAUGUUGAUGAUGCUAAGGGUUUCACAGGGUACUGCUUUGAGCAAAGGGUUGGGUGGGGAGGGGUUAGAGAAGGUGUGGCAGCCCCUGCUGUGCGCAUUGAAAAAGCCAUUCAUGGUGAGUGAAGCGUGCAUUCUGAAUUUCAAUCAGUCACGAGCGUAGGCCUGCCAAGUGAGUCUUUUCCAGCUGUAUCUGACUUCCCGGAAUGACGACCGCUUUUUCUUCUUGUGUUUUCGAACUGUCCUCUAUGACGUGUUCCGAGUGGAGCCAAAGAGUAAAAUGUACGUGGUGCUUUAAUCUGCUUGCAUUGAUCUGUAAUGCAGUUGAAAUCUGGAGGCCUGCUGAGGAUCUGUAUUGAUUGUAGCAAUACUGUUUUACUUGGCCUCAGUGUGAGCACAGUCUGUGUCUCCUCAGUUCUGUAAGCUCGAUUUUUAGUGCGCUUAGAUCUCCAUUUAUUUCUAUAUUGCGUUGACACUCAUGUUGCUCGAUCUGUCGCACAAUAGACCAAUGCGUUUUGUAGCAAAGUAGUACAUGUGUUGUGAAUAUGAGCUAUGUAUGCUGUGUUUAGUGUGGUCUAUUGAACUGUCUCGAUCUUUUGCAUUGUGCAGUUUUUAGUGGUGAAACUAUUUCAGUUUUAGUAGUCUUUGGUGCUUCCAUCUCAAUGUUACACCAAAAACCAGCAUGGUUACAAGCAUCGUGAACUUUCUGAGGUGUCAGAAAUGUUUUAUCUCGUCAUAUCUGUUGGCCUAUCAUAUUUGUGCAAAUACGGCUACACAAUAUCCUCCUCACACCUAAAUAUCCACCCAAGAACUGCUCGUCAAGCUGGUUCCCAUUACCAAAUGGGACGUUACAAUCAUGAAAAGCCCAUUUUUUUGCUUAUCGCAGUUACAUGGUAGAGCAGGACCUUUACAUAUGUGGAGGAAGAGCGGGCUUCUUGUAUUCCCUGUUGUAGAAAUCCUUUUUAUUGGCUUAAACGCAGAGGUUAUAUUGCAAAAUGGUGUCACAGAUUCUCAUUUUAAAGCCGCAUUGUAAAUGUCUGUGACAACUUGUGGUAUUCGAGAGAUAUUUUACGGGCACUUUUUGCUCUACGUGACAAUGCAGUUGUGUACACCAAAAUUGGCGUAAAUAUUUUGCAAAUGCUGACUACAAUGCAUUUAAACCACUUCCAUUAUUCUCUGCAUGCAUCAGACUUUAAACAGUAAUGGCUUCCAAAUUAGUUUUGAAGAGGAUUAACAGCAAAGUGCCCAAUUGGGUGCUGGGGAAUUGAUGGAGGUAUAUACAUAGACGUUGUUAUGCUUUGUGGUUUGAAUAAAUAUUUGAUUUGCUCAUUUGUAUGGAAGAUUUUAAGUUUUACAGGAUCAAAUGCAUAGUAUCAAGAAUGUUCAGAGACAAAGUUGUCAUCACGAGCAUCUGCUUUCGAACACUCAAUUGACAGGGUUCGUUUUUAAGGCAGGCUUUGAAAGCAAGUUACUUUCUUAAACAUAAGCUCGUUUAAUAACCGUUAUGUGGCUGCAGCCAGUUCUGAGAUAGUAAAAUCAUGCAGAUACAUUUUUAAUUCUGCCUAUACAUGAACUUUUAACUAACACUAACUGUUAACUAACACUCAGUAAUAACAUUGUUGAACAUGUGAAUGUAGACAGGGCAGCACCGAUGGACAGAAGUUGGUGGUGAUACAAUGUGAACAAAUAUAUAUGUAUGUAUAUAUGGUUUUACACUUUUUUAUAUGCACAUGGCUGCCAACGUGCAUGUGCAUAUUUUACAACUGACCAAAUGUUGCAUUUACUGUAUAAUAAAUGUUCUUUUUGAAGAGUUUUGCAGUGGCAACUAUGAAACACUUGUGCCAUGCUGUAGUUUUCAUGUUACUCUCCGUGGAUCAAGUGCCUCGUGUAAAGCUUCUUUCUUUCCCUCUCUCCCUCUUUCAAAGUAUUUUGUUGUGUUUUAUUGACCUGUUGUACUCGUUGGCUUAAAUAAACGCUUGUUGUACCAGG